GCGAAGGCGCAGCCACCGACUACUGCAACUCGGAGCGGCCCACCGCCGACCUCUCUCAACACCUCCACGUCCAUCCUCCGCCCGACGGCAGCACCGCCAGUCCUUCCGCUCGGCGCAGUUCCAUCCACCUCGUUUGAGGUCGACUCGUCGACAAGAUGAUGACGCCUAUGCGUUAUGUGAUACUGGUGCUGGCCAUCAUUAUCAGUUUGCACUUCAUUCUGAGCUUCUCGCAUGAGGAGUAUGGCCGAGCUACCUCUAUCACGCGCCUCAAGGAGCAGCUGCAGAGUGGACCAGGCUCGAAGACGUACGAGUCGUACCCUACCCCUGCAGUCGACUAUUCAAGCAAUCCAGAGCGAGCGAACGCUACCUUCGUCUUGCUCGCGCGGAAUAGCGAUCUGAGAGGCAUUGUCACCAGUGUGAAGCAGAAUGAGGAUCGCUUCAAUAAGCAGUACAAGUACCCAUACGUCUUCCUGAACGAGGAACCCUUCAGCGAUGAAUUCAAGAACAUGAUUCUCGAGAUCACAAACUCGAACGUUGAGUUUGGCUUGAUUCCUCAUGACCACUGGUACCAACCUUCCUGGAUCGACGAGGACAAGGCGUCUGUAGCUCGCAAACAAAUGAUCAAGGACCAGGUCAUUUACGGAGGUUUGUCCUACCGGAACAUGUGUCGCUUCAACUCGGGGUACUACUGGAGAAUUGAGCCCGACGUUACCUUUUCUCCCUUCAAAGUGAUGCAGGACGGGAACAAGGUCUAUGAUUUCAUCCACAACAACUCGGACCUCAUCCCGCCUGGCAAUGCCAUGUCUUUCAUCUCCGAUGACAACGGCGAGACAUACAACAACUGCCAUUUCUGGAGCAACUUCGAGAUUGGCGACCUUGACUUCUGGCGCGGCGAGGCGUACUCCAAGUUCUUUGACGCCCUGGACAGUAAGGGCGGGUUCUACUACGAGCGCUGGGGCGAUGCUCCCGUUCACAGCAUCGGCGCUGCGCUCCUCGCAAAGAAGGAGCAGAUCCACUUCUUCAACGACAUUGGGUAUCGGCACAACCCCUUCCAGCACUGUCCCCAAGGCGACUCGCACCGCAAGGGCCAGUGCUGGUGCGACCCCUCAGAAAACUUCGACUACGAGUGGUACAGCUGCCUGAAGCGAUACGAUGCUCUGUCCUGAGCCAGAUUCUUGUCCGUGUCUUGUCUUAUGUAUACGCAUUGGUACUGUCUAUCCUUUAAUUCUAAAUCUUGUCGUGCAACGGACAAUGCAGCGUCGGUAUCAACAGGCACAGUGUCUUUUGUGCCUCUCGUAUCGGAAUGGGGUGAAUGCUAGCUAGCAACAACUGAGAGCAGGAAAACCCGCCAUACUGCACCGCGAGUAAUGAGAGCGUUCAUUGUCCCC